UUGAUUUCAAUGAUUAUUUUUUGAGUUGUCAAUUUUUUUACUUUUAAAUAAACAAAUUACGUGAAUCAAGUUGACUCCGUAACGGUCUAUGCGUUAAAAUUAGUGUGGAGACUAGUUGGGAUUAUUAGGCCGAGUAAAGUUAGUAGAGAGAGAAAAAAAUUGGUACCGGAACUUUUUUCCAUUGAUGAAGAUAAGGUGUUCGACGAAAUGUCACAGACAACAGGAAGUUGGAAAUGUGAAGAAGGCAUUCACUCCUCCACGAGAGGUGCAUGUUCAAGUAACCCAUUCCAUGCGCGAUAUGGCUUCACAGAAUCUCUUGAUGCACCUAAAGCCUGUCGAGAAAUUUGGCAGCCUACUGAUUUUCUUCCUGAUCCUGCUUCUGAGGGAUUUGAUGAGCAGGUCAAGGAGCUAAGGGAAAGGUGUAAGGAAAUUCCUGACGACUACUUUCUUGUAUUAAUUGGGGAUAUGAUCACAGAGGAGACCCUUCCAACUUAUCAGACCAUGAUAAACACCCUAGAUGGUGUUCGUGAUGGAACUGGUGCCAGCCUCACUCCUUGGGCUAUUUGGACUAGGGCAUGGACAGCGGAGGAAAAUGGGCAUGGUGAUCUUCUCAACAAAUACUUUAUCUUUCUGGAAGAGUUGAUUUGAAGCAAAUUGAAAAGACAAUCCAGUACCUAAUUGGUCCUGGGAUGGUAAGAUCUUUACAAGACCUUAUGUUAAACAGUGCAGCUUUGAGUAAGUGUUAUACUGUCUCUCUAUGUAUCUGCAUUUGGCAUAUCCCAUGCUGUCAUAAGAUUUCUGAUUUUUCUCCCAAGUUAGUUCAGGUGUCAAAUUACGAAAAAUUUGUAAUCGUAUGAAAACUUGUAAAUGGGAUGGUUCCUCAAAUACAAAAUAGAUGAAAACUUGUUUUUAA